AUGGUGAUGGAAACUGAGUAUUACGAUAUCCUCGGGGUCACUCCCUCUGCCUCCGAUGAUCAAAUUCGCAAGGCUUAUUAUCACAAGGCAAUGCAAGUUCAUCCCGAUAAAAACCCAAACGAUCCUCGUGCUGCUGAAAAGUUUCAGAUUUUGGGCGAAGCAUACCAAGUUUUGAGCGAUCCGGUGCAAAGGAACGCGUAUAAUCAAAAUGGGAAGCAUUGUGUUUCUAGAGAAACUAUGCUUGACCCCACGGCUGUCUUCGCCCUGCUCUUCGGAAGCGAAUUGUUUGAGGACUACGUAGGGCAUUUAGCUGUGGCAUCAAUGGCUUCUUCUGAACUAGAUGAUGAAAAUGAUGAUCCUGAUAAGUUCAAUGAAAAGUUAAAGGCUGUCCAAAAAGAAAGGGAAGAAAAGCUAGCAAGAUUUUUGAAAGAUUUUCUCGGCCAAUAUGUCCGUGGUGACAAAAAGGGAUUCUUCCAUCGCGCAGAAUCUGAAGCAAGACGGCUUUCUCAUGCAGCCUUUGGAGUUGAUAUGUUAAAUACCAUCGGCUAUAUAUAUUCAAGACAGGCAGCGCAAGAACUAGGAAAAAAAGCCAUUUAUCUUGGAGUGCCAUUUGUGGCUGAAUGGGUUCGGAAUAAAGGACAUUUCUGGAAAUCACAGUUUACAGCUGCUAAAGGUGCUUAUCAGUUACUUCAGCUUCAAGAAGACGUCCGCAAACAAUUUAAAAUGGAUGGUAGUGGCCCUGAAAAUGAUGUUGACUCUCACAUUCGCCUUAAUAAGGAUACACUGAUGAAUUCCUUGUGGAAGUUAAAUGUAGUGGACAUAGAAGCAACUCUUGUACACGUGUGUCAAUUGGUGCUAAGGGAAAAUAACGUCAAGAAAGAGGAACUUAAAGUUCGGGCUACAGCUCUUAAAACUCUUGGGAAGAUAUUUCAGGACAAAAAUUCAAAAGGAGAAACAUUGAAGAAGAAAAUCGAUGCUGAUUCUGAUGACGAAGGAAGCAGUUCUGAUUCUUCAGAGGAUGAAUCGCCUAGAGCACUUUCUUAUCGAACUCCCUUUUUCACUCAGGGUAUCGGUAGGCUCUUCAAAUGCCUUUGUAAUCCAGCAUUUGAUGUUGAUGAUGAAGAGAUAGUUUACAAAAGCAAAUGA